CUGACUACAAGGUGCUCUUUGUAUUUUAGCGUUUCGCAUUUUGCGUCCAAACCAAGCGCUUUCUCUUUGUUCCAUCCAGAUGGCGAAUGCAAUCAAGUUCUUCGAGUUGAACACCGGAGCCAAGAUUCCGUCCGUAGGCUUGGGGACUUGGCAGUCUGAACCUGGCCUCGUUGGCGCCGCCGUUGCCGCCGCCGUAAAGAUCGGAUACCGCCAUAUCGACUGCGCUCAAGUGUACGGAAACGAAAAGGAGAUUGGGGUGGUUUUUAAGAAGCUGUUUGAAGACGGUGUGGUUAAACGUGAGGAGCUGUUUAUCACCUCCAAACUCUGGUGUACUGAUCAUUCACCUGAAGACGUGCCGGCUGCAUUAGAGCGAACUUUGCGGGAUCUUCAGCUUGACUAUGUUGAUUUAUACCUUAUCCAUUGGCCCGUUCGGAUGAAGAAAGGAUCAGCUGGCUUUAAGCCUGAAAACUUUAUUCAGCCGGACAUACCUAGCACGUGGCGAGCAAUGGAAGCACUCUAUGACUCUGGUAAAGCUCGGGCUCUUGGUGUUAGUAAUUUCUCUUCAAAGAAAUUGGGGGAUCUGCUUGCUGUGGCACGUGUUCCUCCUGCUGUCAACCAGGUUGAGUGUCAUCCUUCAUGGCAGCAGGCUAAGCUACGUGAAUUUUGCAAAUCCAAGGGAGUUCACUUAUCGGGUUAUUCACCCCUGGGUUCUCCGGGCACAACAUGGCUCAAGAGUGAUGUUCUUAAGCACCCAAUUCUAAAUAUGGUUGCACAGAAAUUAGGCAAAACUCCUGCACAAGUUGCACUGCGCUGGGGCCUGCAAAUGGGUCAUAGUGUGCUUCCAAAGAGCACACAUGAAGAGAGGAUCAAGGAGAACUUUAAUGUCUUUGAUUGGUCUAUUCCCGAGGACUUAUUUGCCAAGCUUUCUGAAAUUGAACAGGCACGAUUGCUCAGGGGAAAUUCAUUUGUGCAUGAGACUUUUGGUCCAUACAGGACUGUUGAAGAACUUUGGGAUGGUGAGAUUUGAGUGACUGAAUAAUACAGGAGCAGUGGAGCAGAAGCAGAUAUAUAAAAGAGGAAAAGCGAACCUGUUUGUGGUGAGGGGGAAAAAGAGUGAAAAGGGGGAUGUUUUUAGUACUUUUUCUUUUCUUCCUAUUGUUUUGUUUCUAUCAAUAUCAGUAACUAGGAUGGCCGAUGGAUGCAUCGCUCGGGUAUUUUGUGCUCGACAACUAUAAUAAUAGUUUCGAAAUUGAUCUUGGCAUUGUUUAA